AUGAUCACAUCAUCAUGUUUUGUGGGGUCAAAAUAAAAGUAAACGGCGGCACGCCAUUUCUUCAAAUAGGAUCCAUUCUUCAUCAUAGGCUUCUAUUUCCAUCCGUAUUGUUUCCUUCUUCUUUAGAUCAUUAACGAAACAAUGAAUGAGACAUUGAAUGUGGCAGCACAAAUGGGAGACAUAGACUUGCUCUACAAGCUUCUUCAGGUGGAUCCAUAUCUCUUGGACCGCAUUGCUUCCGUACCAUUCAUCAAUACACCUCUGCAUUUUGCAGCCUCCGCGGGUCAAACCAGUUUUGCCACUGAGAUCAUGAGACUGAAGCCUAUCUUUGCAUGGAAGCUGAACCUGUAUGGGUUUAGCCCCGUGCACCUUGCAUUACAGAACGGAAACUACAGAACGGUGUGCAGAUUUAUAGACAUCAACAAAGACCUUGUCCGGGUCAAGGGAAGAGAGGGACUCACACCUUUGCAUUUAGCGACUAAGAUUGGGCAAACCGAUCUUGUAGCGAGAUUCUUGUCGGCUUGCUCAGGUUCCAUUGAAGAUGUGAAUGUGGGGAGUGAGACUGCUUUGCAUAUGGCGGUUAAAUAUAAGCAGCUUGAGGCUCUUGAGGUUCUGGUCGGCUGGGUUCGUAGGAGUUGCCACAAGUGUGCUCACGCAACAGAGAAACGGGUACUUAAUUGGGCGGACGAUAAAGGCAACACCGUUCUCCACCUUGCACUUCUCAAAGCCUUACCACCACAGACGGUUAGAUUGUUGAUAGACAGCAACAUUGACUUAAACAUCAAGAAUUUAGAGGGCUCAACAGCUUUAGACAUUGUGGAGAACAAUCAAAGGCAACAAGUUAACACUGCAGAUAUCACUCAGAUCAGGGACAUGUUAGUUAGAGGGGGAGCUUUACGCGCCACCUCACUCGCCAUCACACCCCUGGAAGAAGACCUAAGAUCAAGAAUCACUUUCCACGAGAGAGUAGCAAUCUACAUCACGCGCCUCAGAAGGCGAAUCUCAAACGACACGCGCAACGCCCUCUUAGUAGUGGCGAUACUCUUCGCAACAAGCACCUACGAAGCCGCAAUUAACCCCCCCGGCGGAGUGUACCAGGCGGAGGCCAAAUCUCCACCAUCUCCACCACCACCUUCGAGCAAGUUCAGCAUCCCUUUCAGGCUUAACCAUCAUCAUCAUAAUAACAAUGUUGGUGCUGGGAAAGCGGUGAUGAGGGUUCAAGAUUUCAUUUGGUUCUGGUCAUUUAACACGUGCGCUUUUUAUCUAUCGAUUUUGAUGAUAUGUUUGUUAAUGCCGAGAGGGCGUGUUAGUGUUAUAGUGGCUUCUCCGCUGUUUCUAUUCUGUGGUUGCUAUAUGUUCUCCAUGCUCGUUAUUUCGCCAAGCUGUAAAUUGGGCAUAGCAGCUGUGGCUCUACCAUGCAUUCUUUUGGUUUUGAACUUUUGGGGAGGUUCGGUAUACAUUCGAUUAUCCAAAAAGCUCAAAAGAUAUCGUUCUAAACAGGAAGAUGGAUCUAGAUUCUCAGGAGGAAACAAAUGGUGAUCACAUCUUUU